UCGGGCUGUGCUGUGUGAUGUCCCGCCUGUAGCGGGAGCGCGGUGUCUGUCUGUGCGCGCGCUGUGUCUCAAAGAAGAGAAGAGAGUGGGAGAAGUAAUCCGAUUUACUUGUGUUCGGGAGGAUCGCACGCGCGCCGGUGAUUCCUCUGUAGCGGGACAGUAGCGCUGAAGAUGACGCACUGUUAUCUAGUUGAGAAUCGGGGAGAAUGUGCGCGUGUUUGACUGGCAGACUGACUGUCCAGAGAGAUUAGUGUACUGAUGAUAGAGAGAGGAGAGAGACAGGAGGAGCGCGCGGGUCCUCCGCACUCAGCCUGAAGAUUAUUAGCGCGCGCUGAGAGACAGCCAGCGAGCGACGCUCCGAAGUGAUCGAUGCAUCGCCUGCAGGUCGCUGCGAUUAAUCGCGCAGGUCUGGAGAACUGGAGGAAGGGGAUCCGGGCUUGUCUGCGCUGGUCUCGUCGCACGGACGCACCUUUUUCCUCACCAAUCAUGGAGUUUUUACGCAUUGGAAUAUGAGAACGCAGCGCGGGAUAAGGCUGGAAUAAACGGAGCACGCAGACGAAUCGUCGCAUCAUCGAAUCGUCAUGAUCGUACAAACUAAACGGUAAAGACUGAAUGCAGUGUUCCUGAGAUUCUACAGGCAGGAGAGAGCACGCUCACACCGCCGGCAGCUGAAGAAAAGAGGAGUGAGUGGAGCGGUCAGCAUGAGGUCCAGAAUCACAGCAGACUGAGCCGAGGGGACACCUAAUUACUGCUGUCUAUUUCACUGUUAAUCAGCAGCCCUGGCCUGCGGGAGGGCGGAGCGUGGGAUUUGAUUGACGGGCCUCCAUCUUGUGAGGGAACCUAUGGCACAGCAGCAGCACAGUACAGGUCCCUUUAUGUGAAUCUACCAUGGACCGUGUGCUCUGCGGGCUGCUGGUCCUGGGUAUGGCUGUGACGGUGGCUCACACAUGCCCCAAAUACUGCAUGUGCCAGAACUUAUCCGAGUCUCUGGGCACGCUGUGUCCAGCUAAAGGCCUUCUGUUCGUUCCCCCCGACAUCGACCGUCGCACGGUGGAGCUGCGGCUGGGCGGGAACUUCAUCCUCCGCAUCACGCAGCAGGACUUUGCCAACAUGUCAGAUCUGGUGGACCUGACGCUCUCCCGAAACACCAUCAGCUACAUCCAGCCUUUUUCUUUCGGGGACCUGGAGACCCUUCGCUCGCUGCACAUGGACAACAACCGGCUAGUGGAGCUGGGUGCGGACGACCUGCGAGGCUUAGUGAACUUGCAGCACCUCAUUUUAAACAAUAACCAGCUCGGCCGAAUCAACGAGCGCGCCUUUGAGGAUCUGGUGGCGGCGCUGGAGGACCUGGACCUGUCCUACAACAACCUGCAGGCUUUACCCUGGGACUCGGUCAGGCAGAUGGUCAACCUGCACCAGCUGAGUCUAGAUCACAACCUGCUGGAUUACAUCCCAGAGGGGACCUUCGUGGACUUGGAACGUCUGGCCCGACUGGACCUGACCUCCAACCGCCUCCAGAAGCUUCCUCCUGACCCCAUCUUUGCUCGGGCUCAGGAUUCCUCCCUGAUGACCACGCCCUUCGCCCCUCAGCUUUCUCUCAGUGUAGGUGGAAACCCGCUGCACUGCAACUGCGAGCUGCUCUGGUUCCGCCGGCUGGAGCGAGACGAUGAUCUGGAGACCUGCGCAUCUCCGCCCGGCCUGAAGGGGCGCUAUUUCUGGAAUGUUAGAGAAGAUGAGUUCAUGUGUGAGCAGCCGCUCAUCACGCAGCACACACACAGAUUGCUGGUCCUGGAGGGUCAGACAGCCAGCCUCAGGUGUGAAGCAAUCGGAGACCCAGCUCCCACCAUCCACUGGGUUGCCCCUGACGACCGGUUGCUUGGUAACUCCUCCAGGACAGUCGUGCACCGAAACGGCACUCUGGAGAUCACCAUCACCACCUCAAAAGAGAAUGGAGUCUUUACCUGCAUCGCUGCCAACGUAGCUGGAGAGUCCACAGCUUCGGUUGAGCUGUCAAUCAUCCAGCUACCCCACAUAAGCAACAGCACAGGACAGUCCUCUCAGCCCAAGUCCCGCCUCUCUGACAUCACAGGCACUUCAAAGACUAGCAAGACUGCAGCGAAGAACCAGCCAGAUAAGGCAGUGACUGCUUCUGAAGUAACUGCAGUCUCUGCCCUCGUCCGGUGGUCUGUCAGCAAAACGGCUCCCAAAGUGAAGAUGUUCCAACUCCAGUACAACUGCUCUGAUGAUGAAGUGCUGAUCUACAGGAUGAUCCCUGCUUCCAGCAAGGCCUUCCUGGUCAACAAUCUGGUGUCAGGCACCCGCUAUGACCUGUGUGUGCUGGCGGCGUGGGACGACUCGGCCACCACCUUGACGGCUACGAGCGUAGUUGGGUGUGUGCAGUUCUUCACCAGGGAUGACUACCCACAGUGCCAGUCCAUGCAUGGCCAGCUUCUGGGCGGCACAAUGAUCCUGGUGGUUGGUGGUGUGAUUGUGGCAACGUUGCUCGUCUUCAUCGUCAUCCUGAUGGUGCGCUACAAGGCCGGAGAGGGUGGGGCUGUGGAGGGUCCAGAACCUCCUGUUAGCAAGCUUAGCGACGUCAGCGACACUUUCUCUCAGACCAACGGUGGGCGACUGGGACCGAACGGAGUCUUGCUUCCACCUCCAAAACCCAAGCCCAAAGUCACCAUGCGGGACGAGAUGGUGGAAUUCAAGUGCGGCUCCCUCCAAAGCAGUCUAAGCUCCGCCUCCUCCUCAUCCUCCUCUUCUUCGUCCGGAUCUCUGGAUGCUGCUGGUUCCUACAGCCCCAACAGCGCUUUGGCUAGCAUCUGGAGGUCGGCCAAUCCCAAACCGCGAGGCAAUCUGGAUCAUCUGUUGGGAGCCAUCAGUUCUUUGGAGCUGAAAGGCCAGAGCAGGGAGGGGACGCCGACAACAGGAAGCGCCACGCCCACACCUGCUGCAGCUGCUGCGAAAGGAGCACCAGCUGCAGUGCCCCCUACUGACAAGGAGCCGCUGCUAGGCCGGACGCUGGACUCUCGGCUCAGUAAGCUGCUCAUGUUGCCUCUGGACUCCAAGCCAAAGCGGAGCCACUCGUUUGACAUGGGCGAUAUUGCGGCGUCCACUGGCGCCCAGCUGAGCAACUACCAGCGCAGGCUCAGCAACAUCUGGACCAAACGCAGCCUCUCCAUCAAUGGCAUGCUGCUCAAAUGCGAUGAGGAGGGGGAGACGGGCAGCAGUAAAGGCACUCUGGAAAGUUCAGAGUGGGUAAUGGAGAGCACUGUAUAGGGCAGGUGGUGAACACAAACUGCCUUUAGGCCAUUGGUUCCCAGCCUUAGUUCCAGAGUGUACCGCCCUGCACAUUUUAGUGCUUUUCUGCACCAAACACACCUGAUACAACUCUUGGAUCAGAAAGAUCAUCUUAUCUUAGUGGAGUAGAUGUUCAGCACUGAGAAAAUCACAUGAAAUCUGUAAUUCGUCGCUGUCCAAUGAAAAACAACAACAAAUCUCCAAAACAGCAACUUUACAGGACAGAAAAAAACAUUGUAGACUUCAAUGUAAAAAGAGUUUAUUUCAGGUCAUUUUGAAGAGUUUCUAUUGUUCUGUUCAUCAAGAAAUUUUGUCACAGACAGUUUGUCUGUUUAAAUUAUGUGGUAAACUAAAAAUCUACAAAAAUUGAGAAGUGUUUUUCAUUGGACAGCGACGAUUUAUUUCUUUAUUCAUGCCAAAGUCACAUGUGGUUUGUAAUCUGAUUUAAAGAAUUUGGAUAUUUAAACAAAGAUCAGAAUAUAAGCUGUGGAAUUUGGUACUGAUUGUUCAACUAUUCCAGUUUAAAACAGGAAAAAUGGAAGGUUUAAGGUCCCAUUUAGGAGCAGAUUGUAUGCAGCACAUUUGCAAGUUAUUAAAAAAUCAGAUUGUUGACCUAUUUGCUUACAAAUCCACAUAGGCUUUUUUGAACAGUUGGAACAGUAUAACAAUACACAUUAUUUUCAGAUCAAAUUUGAAACUACAAGGAAACAUAGAAACAUGGCUUAAAUCAAAUGUAACAUUUUGUCAUUUAAUUAAACAGCAGCCUCUAAGAUAUUUUUCUUAUAAGUUGAAGGCGGUAGAAUUCUUAACGUUGGAGGUGACAAAAUAUUCUAAAUAUUGGUAUCAGUGUCCUGAAAUGACCAUGUCUGAAAUAUAGUCUUAAUAUUUUCAGGUCUAAACAGCGUGGUCUGGUAGGUUUGUUGGCUGUGAUUGCUCUGUACUUGUUGACAGUAUUUCAUAAAUUAACAAAAUGAACAAACAGUAUAUGCAAACCCACAUAAUUCCCCAUCAAUUCAUUUACAUUGACCUUUUUUAAAAGUAUUCUGCACAUGCUAUUACACGUGCAACUACACAUUCUCACCAGAGAGGUCUCUAAAUCCCCAAAUCACCUAAACAUACAGAUGGUCACUUAAAACUGUAGAAAAUCAGCUUGUCUGAACAAGGGUUUAAAUGUCAAGGGUUUAACAAGCCUUUCCUUAGUUGAAAAGGGUUUGUUAGAGCAGAAAAAUGGUAAGAUGUGCAGGGCUCCAGUACUCCCAGACCAGGAUAAUGAACCACUGCCUUUAGGGGGAGCCUGCUGCUCUGCUGUCAGAGACAAAUAAGGGGAUAAACCCCCUGUCCCACCAUGCAUGGAAUUAUAUAUUGAUUUAUGACAUUCAAGUGUUGUUCAAGCAUAUAUUCACUCUAUGACUCUACGAUGUGUCGGGGACAGGUCCCCGGCCGGCAGUUAUCAGCUAUACGCUCUGUUGAAUGAGUGUGUGAGUGUGCGACUGGGUGCGUGUUUGUCUGUCAAGUGUAUGUGGUGAGUGAUAUAUCAGCUGUAAUAAAUGAGAACUGUUCAGGCCAUGCGUCACUGACUGGACCAGGGUCUUCAUGCUGGUCAAGGCGGACUGUUUAAUGACGGUUAAACAGCUUCUACUGAGGAGACUCUACCUAACAGAACGCCUUGGUGGAGUUUUCUCCAGAAAAACACAGCAUCACAGACUCAGACUGUACAGCAAUCCUCUGGUACAGCUACUGUUUAUACAUGUAAUGAAUUGAAAGUUUUAUAUUUUUUAUCUUUGCCGGUCAAAACACUCAUAAACGUUCAGCCACUUCUUCUCGGGGGGGAAGAGUAAAAACAUUCACAGAGCUUUCAUCCCACCUCCUCCCUCCUUUUCUCUUUUCUUCUAUUCGCUCUCUCUUAUGUCUCUCGAAGGAGUCAUCUGCAAAAGCAGAGUUUUAAAAGGAUCCACUGAGGUAUUUUUUUUUUAUUUUU